AUGCCUGCUACCACCAACUGGAAAACCAUCGCCGCUCUGCAUCGUGAGAAGCAAGUCGAGGCCGUACCGUCAGAAUGGCUGCUCCCAGAGAAGCAACUCCAGGGCUUGAGAGGUGCUGGAGAUGCGGGUAGCAGACUUAUAGAGAACAAAGCUGUGCAGCGAUCUGGCCUUCUUUCGCAGAAGGAGUUGGAUAUUACCGAGCGGUAUACGGCUUCCGAGUUGCUUGAUAGGCUGCAUCGACAGCAUCUGACUUCGGAGGAGGUGACAGUGGCUUUUUGCAAGCGCGCUAGUCUUGCGCAACAAUUGACUUCUUGCUUGACGGAGAUUAUGUUCAAAGAAGGUAUUGAGAGAGCUAAGGAGCUGGACAAACAGUUGCAGACAACUGGUAAGCUGUCAGGUCCUUUGCACGGCUUGCCCAUCAGUCUCAAGGAUUCAUAUAUCGUCAAAGGCCACUAUGCCACCGUUGGAUACACCGAGUUUCUUCGCCAACCCAUCCCUGACACCAACUCGUCACUAGUUGAUCUUCUGCUCGACGCCGGAACAGUUCUGUACUGCAAGACUAACCUUCCACAAACUAUGAUGACUGCUGAUUCAGAGAAUAACAUCUUUGGGAGAACACUCAACCCUCACAACACCAACCUCACAGCAGGCGGUUCAACUGGUGGCGAAGGCGCGUUGAUCGCGUUUAGAGGGUCACCUUUGGGCGUGGGCAGUGACAUCGCUGGAUCUAUCCGGAUACCCUCGUUGUGCUGUGGUAUAUACGGCUUUAAGCCAACGUCUGACCGAGUCCCCUUCGGCGGCCAGUCAGAGUAUCCUUUCCCUCAGGACCACCUCCCUGGUGUCCCUCCAGUUGGCGGGCCUAUGGCGAAUUCAGUUGAGGAUCUGGAGUUGUUUAUGAAAGUAACCAUGAGCCAACGCCCUUGGCACUACGACCCCUCUGUGGCAGACAUCCCUUGGAGAGAUCUCAGAGACUCAUCUGAGAAGCGUCUCACCAUUGGAGUCUUGGCUGAAGAUCCUGAUUAUCCUCUUCACCCACCUGUUCGACGCGCACUAGCAAAGGCCGCUUCAGCGCUCGAAAACGCAGGCCACAAGAUGGUUUAUCUAUCCUCAGACCCCCAGCGCGAUGCAGGACUCGGCGGACGUCUUGGAUUCCAGUUCUUCAGCCUCAUGGGUCCUGACCCAGAUACCAUCUCACGAGAGAUCGGCGAACCGCUCGUUGCUUCUGUAGCAGUGGGUGUCCAUCCUUUUUCAAAGGGAGAAUUCCCUGUGCCGCCGCAGCUUGACGUUCCGACCCGGCUGGCCCGGCUGAAUGAUGCUCGAUUUGAGUAUACUAAAGCAUGGCAGCAGGUCUGGAAAGAUAACGGACUCGAUGUUGUUCUUGCUCCUGGGGCUGCGACGACGGCGAUUCCUCAUGAUACUUACGGCGUUCCGGUCUAUACCCUGAUGUGGAACGUUUUGGAUUUCCCUGCUGGGAUAGUCCCAUUCGGAAAUUCGUCCAAGUUUGAAGAUGCUGAGGUUGUCAAAGCCAAGGCAGCGUUUGAUCCAGAUUAUAUUCCGGAGGCUACAGACGGCGCACCUUGUGCAGUUCAGAUUAUUGCACCUCGGUUUAGAGAUGAAGAAUGUCUCCAGGCUAUGAGUAUAGUAGAUCGGGCGAUUAGGUUGGCUCGGGCACAGAAGCUUUAG